GUGCAGUGUCGAGAAAUCUAGCAAACCGAGGCUUCCAACAACUUCCUGCACCUAAUCAAUCUAACCUUAUCUUGUUCGAACCGAUCAUGGUAAAAAUAUCGUAAAUUCAUUUCAAAUAUUAAAAAGACCGAAAAGUUGAUGACGUGGAUCAACGUUCUCUCUAAAAAAACAAACCGGGCCUCGAGUCAAUCUCAGUCCACUAUAUAACAAAAAAACCCAUUCUUUCCCCUUCCACAAAACGCACCGUUUCUUUGCGUUUUACCAAACCGCCUCUUCAUGAACAGCUUCUCAGACACUGCCGGCGCCUCGCCGCCGGCACAGUCCGUCGAGAUCUCGCCAGACACGAAAUCCGGCAGAUUAUCCGAUAGCGACGGAGUCGGUGGACCCACAAUCAAAAUCAAUGUUUCUUACGGUUCAUCUCUUCACCAGAUCCAUCUCCCAGCCCAAUCAACUUUCGGAGAUUUUAAAAAAUUGCUUGUAAAUAAAACUGGUUUAGAGUCUGAACAACAACGAAUUUUCUUCAGAGGAAUAGAAAAGAAUGAUAGGGAGAAAUUGCACUUGGAAGGUGUGAAGGAUAAGUCAAAGAUUUUGCUUUUGGAGCGUGCUGCUAGCAAAGAGAAGAAGCUUGAGGAAACCCGAAAACUCAAUGAGAUGUCUAAAGCUAUUGAAGCUAUUACUGGUGUUAGAGCUGAGGUGGACAAGCUCUCUGAUAGAGUGUCUGUCUUGGAAGUGGCUAUCAAUGCAGGGGACAAGGCUUCUGAGAAAGAGUUUCUCUUGUUGACAGAGUUGCUUAUGAAACAAUUGCUGAAACUGGAUGGUAUUGAGGCUGAAGGCGAAGCGAAGUUGCAGAGAAAAGCUGAGGUGCGUCGUGUGCAGGGCCUGGUUGAUAUGUUAGAUUCUCUAAAGGCUAGAAACUCCAACCCUUCCGGCCAAAGUGGUAGUGCUGCCACAGGAACAACUCAUUGGGAAACCUUUGAUACUGUAACAGAAGACUCUAACGACCCUUCCUCAGCCACAACACCAUCUUCAACAAAAGUAUCUCAAGAUUGGGAGCGGUUUGAUUAGCUUAAAAUUUUGCUGUGAAAUAUGAACUUAUAAAGACGGUACAAUAUCAUAAUUGCCUUCAUCCUUUGUCCAAGGUUGAAAAGAAAAAGCUUUUUAUACAAAUUAAUAUUUCCAUUGUUUCCAA